UUCACAACACAACACAACACAACAGUAUCCAUACGUUCAUUAGCUAAAGUUUCAACAGAUUUCUUGGCACUCGAUCUGAACUUUAGCCAUAGUAACUAGCUGUAAUGCAUAAAUUAUCGAAAAUCUUCCAGCCAUCUCUAAUUAUACCAAAAAAUGCCUCAGUCAAAAAACAAGACGUUACAUCGAAAAGUCAAAGGCUGAUGCUCGAGCAAGGUUUAAUCCGUCAAGCCGGCAAUGGUACAUUCUACAUUCUACCGCUACUUCAACGUGCCGUGGAGAAAACCAUCGCCUUGGUCGACCUUUACAUGCAGCAACACGUGAAAGCGGAAAAACUAUCACUUCCCAUGCUAACUUCGGCUGAACUGUGGCGCCAAAGUGGUCGGCUUGAUUCAGCUGAAGCAGAACUAAUGAAAACUACCGAUCGGCACGGAAAGAUGCAAAUCCUGGGACCGACACACGAGGAAAGUAUCACGGCACUAUUGGCAGCAAUAUCACCGGUGUCAUACAGGCAGUUUCCAUUGCGGUUGUACCAGAUAUCAACAAAAUUUCGUGAUGAAAUGAAGCCGCGGUUUGGAUUGAUGCGAGCGAAGGAGUUUCUCAUGAAAGAUUUGUACACAUUUGAUAUUGGUCCCGAGGAGGCUCGUCAGACUUACGAGACGGUAAACGAUGCCUACCGACAGCUGUUGGAUGCCGUUGGAGUACCGUAUGUGAAGGUAAGUGCCGAUACGGGGCUCAUGGGGGGAACUACUUCGCACGAGUACCAUUUUCCCAGUGAGGUGGGCGAGGAUCAGCUAAUGCACUGUAGGGAAUGUGGAAAGAGCUGUAAUCAGGAAGUGUUAGCCAAUGGAAUGGAUUGCAAACAGUGCAAUAACGCAAAUUUUUCCAAGCAGACCGGAAUAGAGGUUGCACAUACUUUUAUACUAGAAGAUAAGUACAGUAAGGCGUUGGGGGCUAAGUUUCUGGAUCAGAAAGGAAAGCCAGGCAUUUUACAAAUGGGUUGUUACGGUAUUGGAGUGACACGUCUGAUAGCGGCUAGCAUCGAAGUGCUAUCCAGUGAAAUGGAUAUUCGAUGGCCACUAGCACUUGCGCCGUUCAGAGUAUGUUUGAUACCCCCGAAGAAGGGGAGUAAAGAAGAGUCGCAAGCUGGUCCAUGGCUUGAUAAACUUUACUUUGAGAUUAGAAAACUGAAGGGACUAGAUUCGGACGUUGUAGUCGACGACCGAAUCAGUAUGACCAUAGGAAAGAGAUUGAUGGAUGCCAAGAAAAUUGGUUACCCGAUAGUGAUAGUCAUAGGUGCUAAGGCGGCCUGCGAGAGCAAUGAGUUGUUUGAGGUUUACAAUCAGUUACAAGAAAAAGAGUCGGUGCUGGGGUUUACUGAAACACUGCUGGAAAUUGAUAGGAUAUGUAAUAGUCGAACAUAA